GUGCGCUGUGGCCCCCCGGUCAUCACUCCAAAUCUCACUCCUUUUUAAUUCCCAACUACUAUCAAUUAAACAUUAAUAUUAGCCUAAACAAUUCAUUAUAAUCGUGCAUAUAAACCCCUCUUCAAGUCAUGUUAUUCAACAGAGGUUGAGACCUUUGGCGCCAAUAGAUUCCAUCUGCUGCUGCCACAGACUUCUGCUCAUCAAACACAUAUCAGGAUGGAAUCUUUGGAGAUUCCAUCGCCGGUUGCUGAGAGGUUGGAAUCUACUGUUGCAGCGGCGACGAAAGUUCAGAAGGUCUACAGGAGCUACAGGACCAGGUGCAGGUUAGCAGACUCUGCUGUGAUCAUUGAGGAGCUCUGGUGGCAAGCGCUGGAAUUCGCUACCUUGAACCACAGCGCGGUUUCUUUCUUCAAUUUCCUCAAGCCUGAAUCAGCCGUUUCAAGAUGGAAUCGAAUUAGUCUGAAUGCGUCAAAGGUUGGACAGGGUUUAUCAAAAGAUUCCAAAGCUCUGAAGCUGGCUUUUCAGCACUGGAUUGAAGCCAUUGAUCCAAGGCACCGUUACGGGCAUAAUCUGCACAUGUAUUAUGAGAAAUGGAGUGAAAUCAUUAAGAACUUGUUAAUGAAGCAUGGGGGAGCUUGGCUCCAUGGUAGUUUGCAUCAAUCUCUGGAGCUUUGCAGGCUGGAUAUUGGUGCUGGAAGAAAUGUUGAUCUUCCUGAAUGUCCAAGGUCAUUGCUUCGUCAGCAAUGCAUUAAAUAUUUGGGCCCUAAAGAGCGGGAGCACUAUGAAUAUAUACCUAAAGAGGGAAAAUUAGUGCACAGGCAAACUGGAGAGCUACUUGAUACAGAUAAUACAUCCGAAGGGGCCAAGUGGAUUUUUGUGAUGAGCACAUCUAAGAAGAUAUAUGCUGGCAGGAAAAAGAAAGGUAUAUUUCAUCAUUCUAGCUUCCUUGCGGGAGGAACCACUUUAGCAGCUGGUAGAUUCACUGCAGAGAAUGGAGUAGUCAAGUCUAUCUGGGCCUACAGUGGACAUUACAAGCCAUCAGAGGAGAACUUAAACAAUUUCUUGACCCUGCUCCAAGAAAACGGAGUUAAUCUAGAUGAAGUUCAGGUUUGUUCCUCAUCUAAUGGAGACUAUUACGAUGACCCGAAACAAGACCAAGCAUAUAUGAUUAAUUACCACUAUAAAAGGAGUUUAUCUGGUGGACUUCAUAGCCCAAGGGUUGAUGUGCCACAUGAAGCAAUUCUUGAGAGAAUCAAAUCAAAAAGAGAAGCUAGUUCUUAUCAGUUGGGUCAACAGCUAGCAGUGAAAUGGGGUACAGGUGCAGGUCCAAGAAUUGGGUGUGUUGCAGAUUACCCGAUUGAACUGAGAAAGCAAGCAAUGGAGUUCGUGAACCUCUCGACCACGAACGACCAUUCUAUAAGUUUCUCAUCCAAGUUUUCCCUGACUUCAGUUUGUGCUGGUGGAGAAAAUUGACUGUUUUCACUUGAUUAUCACGUAUAUCUUGAAGAUGCAACUAAUGGGGCCGAAAUAGUCAUGUAUGAUGUAAUGCGUCACUUUGAUGUAUGCACUCAUGUUGAGUUGAAGAAUAAAUUAUUAGAAAUUUUGAUGACC